AUGAGUAAACGAAAACUUACAGGGGAAUACUCAACUGAUGGUGACGAAAACAGAGAAGUUAUUGCCAUAGAAGCUCUCAACCAACUUCGAAAUAAUGGGUCCACUUCUCCAUCAGUAGGAGUAGAACAGGAUCUAGACUCCGCACAAUUGCCCCCGAUGGGCAAAGUGGAUUCCACCACCACCAAGCUGAUCGACAAAGUUACUUCAUACCCUAUUAUUUCUACUGGUAUCAACUAUAUGUGGCAACGAAAUCUAGUCAUAGCAGGAAACUAUAUCAAAGGCGAAUCUUCCAAAAAAGAAGUGGUUACAACCAAACGUCAAAAGACAACUACCAACGAUUCGAAACCUGAAGAAAGGUCGGCUCCAUCGUACAUUCGUGACAAUUCCAGAUUACGACACCUUCAAGAUCUCAAAGACAUUGGAAUGAUUAAUUUCAACCUGGAAAGCAGACAAAAAUUGCAAAUGUUAAUUAACUUUUUAAAACUGGGGAACAGGCAACUGAAUCAACGUAUUGAAAAAUUGAUCGUAGAGUUACGUCGGCAGCAGCGAGGAGACGGUGACGACGACACUGAAACGGAAACCAUUGUUCCAGAUGCACCCUCAGGGAAAGACAGUGAAUCUAAUAGAUCAAGGUCCUCUUCCAUUACGAGUGUCCAAACCGUCUAUGAAGAUGCAACCAGCACAGGGUUGGCAUCUCCCAAUUUGAACCAAGUCAACCAUAAGUUGGACCAACACUUCAACAACCAGCCGCUGAACCAGGUGAAAAAUGACAUUGUUACCACUGUCAAAAGAAUAGUUAAUGUUGUAUCCAAGUUUAGUGGGUCUGCAUUACCUGAACCUGCACGGUCAAAUGUACGAGAAGUACUCUUAAAACUGCCUGAUAACUGGGCAAACUCAGUUUUACCUCUUGUGGAAGGUGAAGGCGCUGGCGACUCCCCUGCCACAGCAAACACAACUGAAAGAUCUCUAUUAUCUGACCCCAACGGUCGUGUUCUUGUUUUAGCUCAGGAAUCGCUCGACAUGGUCACCAAAGUGAUCAAGUUCUGUAGUGACACUCUUGAUAGGGCAGACCAAUGGAAUCUUAACAAGCAAAUUGAACAAAAGACCCAUUUGAUUCACAAGCUAGAACGAAUUAAUAAACACAAACCGGGGGAAAAGCAAGAAUAG